AGGUCGCCGUGCGCGGUGUGGGGACUGUAGUGGCCGUCGGGACUGUCAUAGACGCCCCCCCCAACGGCCCCCCGAGGACCGGGGGCGUCCAGCCGGGGCCCGCGCGGGAUCGGCAGCUGUGGAAACUAAAGCAUCAGUAGUGGACGACUCACCCCUUGGCCAGACCGAGUCCAGACACUGAAGUCUCCCGUUCCGGUCCUCCGUCUGCUGGGCUGGGGCCUCUCGAACACACCUCCGGACUACAAUGCAGCUGGGCCCGGCCCCGCGGAGCCUCCUGGUCCCCCUGCUCUGCCUUCUGGCCGCCGCUCCCAGGAUCGAUGCCUCCUCCCCCGGGCACCCGCCGGCCGUCUCGGCCGCCUCUUUCCUUCGGGACCUCAUGCAGCGCUACGGCGAGGCUGACAGCCUGAGCCUGCGGCAGCUCAAGGCCCUGCUGAACCACCUGGACGUAGGCGUGGGGCGAGACAACGUCUCCCAGCCCCACCAGGAGCCGAGGAAUCUCUCCAAGUGCUUCAGCUCCAACGCCCUGUUUGCCGCCCACAACUUGAGUCAUCAGUCGAAGAUCAGUGAGGCUGAAUUCCAGGAGUUCUGUCCCACCAUCCUCCAGCAGCUGGACUCCCGGGCCUGUGCCUCCGAGAACCUGGAGAAUGAAGAGAACGAGCAGACGGAGGAGGGGAAGCCGACUUCUGCUGAAGUGUGGGGCUUUGGUUUCCUCAGUGUGUCACUGAUUAACCUGGCCUCGCUCCUGGGAGCUCUCGUCCUGCCCUGCACAGAGAAGACCUUUUUCAGCCGCAUCCUCACUUAUUUCAUCGCCCUGUCCAUUGGAACGUUGUUCUCUAACGCGCUCUUCCAGCUGAUCCCAGAGGCGUUUGGGUUCAACCCUCUAGAGGAUUAUUAUGUCUCCAAAUCGGCGGUGGUGUUUGGGGGCUUCUACCUCUUCUUCUUCACAGAGAAGAUCCUGAAGAUGCUCCUCAAGCAGAAGGACCAGCAACACCACGGUCACAGCCACUACGUCUCCGAGCCCCUCCCUUCCAAGAAGGACCAGGAGGAGGGAGUGACUGAGAAGCUGCAAAAUGGAGACUUGGAUCACAUGAUCCCCCAGCACCGGGACAGCGAGCUGGACAACAAAAACCCAGCGGUGGAUGAGAAAGCCAUCGUGGGCUCACUGUCCGUCCAGGACCUGCAGGCUUCCCAGAGUGCUUGCUAUUGGCUGAAAGGGGUCCGCUACUCAGACAUCGGCACCUUGGCCUGGAUGAUCACCCUGAGCGACGGGCUCCACAACUUCAUCGACGGCUUGGCCAUCGGCGCCUCCUUCACCGUGUCUGUUUUCCAAGGCAUCAGCACCUCCGUGGCCAUCCUCUGCGAGGAGUUUCCCCAUGAGUUGGGAGACUUUGUGAUCCUGCUGAACGCUGGGAUGAGCAUCCAGCAGGCUCUCUUCUUCAACUUCCUCUCUGCCUGCUGCUGCUAUCUGGGUCUGGCUUUUGGGAUCUUGGCCGGCAGCCACUUUUCUGCCAACUGGAUCUUCGCUCUGGCCGGGGGAAUGUUCCUGUACAUCGCCCUGGCCGACAUGUUCCCUGAGAUGAACGAAGUCUGUCGAGAGGACGAAGGGAAUGGCAGCGUCCUGAUCCCCUUUGCCAUCCAGAACCUGGGCCUGCUGACCGGCUUCACCAUCAUGCUGCUUCUCACCAUGUAUUCGGGGCAGAUUCAGAUCGGUUAGGAGCGGGCCGGGGAGCAGCGGGAUCGGGGAUGGAACCCGUGGCUUUCUGCCCGGCGGACACGGCACCGGUAUGAAGACUCGACGCUGCAAAGGCACUACGGAAGAGGCAUUUCCGCCCAGACCCAUUCCCCAGACGGUACUCGGUAUUAGAUGUCGACCGUUUAAAUUUCACCUCCUAGAAGUAAACCGCCCCGAUAGCUAGUCUCUAGGUAGUGCUGCCUUUAUCCUCUGGCCUCUCCCUCACCCGACUUGCCCCAGAACGACUGUAAGGAGAGGCAGACCAACGUCUCUCGCUCUUGGAUCGAGGCAGCCGGCAACGGAAGCGAGCGGUCCGGACCCCCGUAUCCUCUUGAGCCUGCAAGCAUCCCGGGCCCGACGAGGCCAACGUCUAACCAUUGGAGCUCUUGGAAGGGUAGCGAUGGGACCAAACAUCCAUCCUGCCCCUAAACCUGUUUGGAGAAGACGCAGGAGCCGAGAGCUCCGGUUUUCCACCGAUUUGGUUCCUUCAGAUACCGUCACCUCAUCGGCUCUGGUGGCUUUCGAAGGAGGCGGGAGCCGAGGGACCUGCUUGCUGUAAGAGCCUUUGGCAGGGAGGGCGAAAGGAAAAAACAGGGUUCUGAAGGGGAAGGCAGAGCAAUGUCACUGGCACUGGGUUCCUACGUUCCUGCAGGACCUUUUGGGCCCCAAAUUUGGGCCAGGAGCCCUGGUCCGUUGUGGCUUUUCACCUUUUCCAGCAAAGUAGCCGAUCACUAGAUAUGAUUUUAACCUUUUUCUCACAGGCAGAGCGGAGGGGGAUUUUUGCCCAUCCUAAGGGAGAUUCUCGAUCGCCUCCUCAGAAGCCAGUCGGGGGGUAUGGACGGGGGCGGGUCUCUCGGAGGGUAGAAGAAUGCACAAAUCCACCUCUUCCGUCUGCCUCCCCCCUCUAACUGGCUCUGAUCGAAGUUUACCGUUCUCAACAAGGUGAGGGGGACCGAAACGCGGAAAGGGAGAGCCGAGGUGCGGGGCCGUCCACGGAAGCGUGUCAGCGGCUAGCCAUUGUGAAGAGCGAGAACCCCCGUUCUGCCUCUCGAGCGGUACAGAGGACCGUGCUCACACUGUGAAUGUGUUUUAAAAUGUCACUGUGGAUCGUAUAGUCUUUAAAAGAAGCCAGAGCAGUUCUGAGGCUGGUUACGCUCGAACUCGCUUUAGAAGAUGGGUGUGCCGACUGUAAAGCUCCGUUCCAGCUUUAAGGCCGCGGUGGGGAGGGGGGUCUUCGGAGAUCUGACUUCAGGGAGAGCUGUUCCCAGGUUCACUAGGUGAAUUCCUUUAUUAUUAUCAUAUUGAUAAUGUCUAAUUCUUCAGCUUGAUUGGGCCGUGAAGACCUCUGAAUCCCUUCAGGCAGUACCCCACAGCGGCUGUGCGUGGACAGACCUUUUUGCUCAAUUUGGAGGGGUGGGAGUUCAUUGCCGGCAUCGAUGAGUUGCUAUGUGUGUGUUUUUGUUUUUUUAAAACUAUCUAUGUCCUUUAUACAUGUCUAAGGGAAUAGCUAUAGGCUUGGUCAUAUGGCGGUCCAUCAUUUUUCCAUUUCAGUUGUUAAAAGCAGCUUUUUCUUCGUCUUUCCGGGGACUGUGAAUCACCCUAGGAAGAACCAUGUGAGAGCGAGCUGUAGCUGCUAUUUUCCCAAGAGUUAUGUUGUAUUGUACUUUCCCGAGCACUUAAUACGGUGCUCUGCACACAGUAAGUGCUCAGUGAAUACCGUUGAAUGAUUGAUGGAUUGCCGUGACUAGGAUAGGAGGCCGUCUGAGCCCCUGGGGAGAUGAUUGACGCAAAUGGUGAGGUGAUGUGGCAGAAAAACGGUCUAGUUUAACAGCCAGCCCCCUCCUUGCAUGUCGAGUACUUUCUUAAAAAUAUUUUUUUUAUUAAUGCCCUCGUUCUUUUGUCCACCUCCCCUUCCCUCGAAAGUCAUUUUAAGAUUGGAAGAAAUGGGCGUGGCUGCAGACCCUGGUUUGACAGAGAACCAGCUGAAAAUACGGCCACCUAAACCUGAACUCCAGAAGGCUUGCCUUACCUAAGCCAUCCCGGUGUUUUAAGUGAGCAGGAGGGUCCCUCUCUUGGUCCUGGCCUUCUCCUCCCACGGAAACACCAAAACCCGGGGCUCCGAGUUUAGAGUUAAUCUGCGCAGAGAACACAACAGGUCGCAUUUUCAUUUUCAACCGGCAAAGCAGUACACCACUUUUUUCCGUGCUUCCAUUUGUAAACCGGCCCCGCCUUGCCUAGUGCUACCAUCAGAGAAGUUCCCUUUUUCCCUGGAAAUGGUGGAGGCCGAUCAUAUUCCGUGGGGUGAGGUAGAGGAUGGGGGAUGAGCUUCCCGUGGUCAGCUGACGGAUCCGCCUGACGUGUUGAAGUUUGGCUGUAUUUGCACUGGCUUGAAACACACUGACAUUCAAUAUGCAAUUUCCUCUGGGCUCUUAAGUGUUGAAUUUGCUGUUUUAAGCAUUUGGAUGUGUAUAUAAAGCCCUACCCGGUUGAGUAGCCCUCCGUUUCCGUCUCUCCCAUAAUCCAUCCUCGAAUAAACCAUCUUCCGAUGAGGUGCGCUUAGUACAGUGCCCUGCACACAGUAAGCGCUCAAUAAAUGCAAUUGACCGAUCGAUCUUCCGAUGAGAUGGUCGUGAGCUAAACAGUUGCCGGACAGGAGAAGAUGGAAGCGAUCUCCGACGGGAUUAAUGGUGGGGGGAAAAAAUCAUACUACAAGUGAGAGCAAAGGAAAAACCCUGAAAGCUGGGAGGUUGAAUUUUGUCGUUCGCAUUGCCCUUGACGGUUAAGACGAGAGCCAUUCCAUCACAGUAUUUUUUGGGUAACUCAGGUGUCGAAGAACAAAAUAAGGACGGAGAAGAUAACACGAUGUGGACUGUAAAGAUGUUCUUUGUAAGACUGGAUAAAUAAAACUAUAUUCCGUAAAGGU